GCCGUGAGGGGUGCCGCGGUGCUGCUCCUCGCCCUCCGGUAGCCCUGCGACCUUUGUAAAGGACUCUGUAGCACGUUUGAUUUUUCAAAAAAGCCUAAUUAAUUUUCUUGGAGUCCCCUAAAGCGUCCGUUCAGUCGGCGUGUUUGCUUCAUGGGCUGAUUGAACUUCUGUCAUUGAAGUUGUUUGUGUUCCCCCUGUAAUUCAAAGCUAAACAAAGUGUUCAGACGAGGAUGAGAUGAGGAUAAAACCCGAUUUUGUUCUUCAAGCUAGCUCUUGGAUUAUCAUAAUUAACUUUGACCUCUUUUCUUUUUUCCCCAAAAAAACCCUAUGGUGUUUGCCUGCUGAGAUGGUGACGGCGAGUACAUGGAAUUAUAAGGGACUUCUCAGAAGUCGUCCUGAGUCAUCUGUGAUUAGUCCAGCAGUCAUAGAUUGGGUCUUCAGGCAGUUCAGCUAGACAACAGACCUCCAGCAUCAACCCACACCAUGGAUGCGGAUGCCCUACAGAAGCUUAUUCAUUUGCUCCAGGCCACAGAUGAUCCAUUAAUUCAAGAGCAAGCUUUAAUCACUCUCAGCAACAGCGCUGCCUUCUCUGUAAAUCAAGAUAUAAUCCGAAAUUUGGAUGGCCUUUCUGUUAUUGGAGGAAUGCUCUCGGAUUGCGUUCCCAAAGUUAAAGAGAAAGCACUAAAUGCACUUAAUAAUUUGAGUAUGAAUAUUAAAAACCAGCAAGAGAUACAGGUAUACAUUAUGCAAGUUUGUAGGAGCAUUGAGUCAGCUCCCCUGAACUCUGACCUGCAGCUGGCUGCACUCCGAUUGUUGACAAACAUGUCUGUUACCAGUGACUAUCACCAUAAGAUGAUAAACUCAAUUCCCUGCUUUCUUCAUUUGCUUUCAGAAGGAAAUGAAAGGACACAGAUUCAAGUUUUGAAAGUACUUGUGAACUUAACUGCAAACCCAGCCAUGACAAGACAUCUUCUCAGAGCUCAAGUGCCAUCGUUGUUGUUGCUUUUUGACAACUGUAUAAACAGAGAUAUUCUGCUUAGAGCCCUGGCAUUCGCAGCAAACUUGAAAAAGAACAUGAACAAUGAAGACGGCACCGUUAUUCAGGACCAAUACAGCAAAGAUUCCAUUUUCUUUACACUCUGCAGAGACUCUGCUCCAUUUGCUCAGAAACUGGCAUCUUUGUUACAUCACCCUGAUACAGAAGUGAAAGAGCAAGUUGUGAAAAUAUUAACACAAUAGUGAUUUUUUUUUUAAAAAAAAAGACUGGCUUGAUGAAAAUAUCUAAUCUUAGGAAUGCUGCGUUAAAAAAAAACAAAACAAAACAAAAAGCAAAUAAUAAAACAACCAAAAAAAUACUGAAUAAUACCAUAUUAUUAGGCACAAAUCAGAGGAUGCAAUGUAUUUAAUAUAGGGAGAGCAUAACAGAUUUUUUUUUUAAUCUUUUUUAUGAGCAAGAUAACAGCAAUAGCUUAAUUAGCACUGAGAAAUCAUGGUACAGCUGGUACAUGUACGUAAAGGGGGAGGAAUAGUUUAAAAAGUGAAAAUUUUCAUAUGUAUGCUGAACAUUUUAAAUGUAUAAGUGAAUUGAAAUAUUCUUCCUAAUGUCAUAAAGAGGUUUUGUUGCCUUAUAUAUUUACAGCUGUUGAAUAAAUACUUCUAUAGAACGGUACAUUAAAGAUUUAGCAAUUUGAGAUAAGGCAUUUACAUUUUAUUAAUCGGAUAUCUGCUAAAUGGGUGCAGGCACAUCUUCGAAAAUACUGGAUAAAAACAAUACCAAUUGGCUUCCUACAAAAUUAGUAUUCUCAGUGAAAACUGCAUAUUAAAGUUAUUCAGCCUAUGUCUGUUCACCUUACCUGCACGGGAUAUAUUCUAAACCUCCAUUUUCAUAUGCUUAGUACAUCCAUUCCAUUUAGCCAAACUGCAGUGCAUUUGGCCACAAGCAUGCAAGGUUUCUACACUUAAAAAAAAAAAUCAAAAGGAUUUAAUCUUGUUUUAAAAUUGUGACUCUAAGAAAAGCAUACGUAUUUUUCAAAACAUUUUAUUAUGAGUAAAAGACUACCUGCAGCUGCAAUUCAACAUUCUCAUCUUUAUAGAAGAAGUCUACAAGAGCAGUGUCAUACCCAUUUUUAUAAAAGGUUCCUGUUCUGUAGCAGCCCUUGAGCCCACUUUCCUCGGAGAGCUUUACUCCUUUUUCUCUGCAACUGGAACAUCAUUGGAAUAAAUGCUUCUCUUGAGUUACCCCCCAUGAAAUUUUAGUCAUCAAUCCAGCGUUAACACAAAAUGCAGUGGAACACAUAUAAACAUCAUCGUAAAAGAACCUGAAGGAACUGUCACUGAUGAACAUAAACCACUUCAAGCUAAAACACGACUGCUAAAUCUUCCUGAACGCUGCAUCAUAGAGAAAGUUUAAAAAUGUCAGGUGUAAAGGCUAGAAAUGAGUUUCCACCUUGUACCAUUUUUAAGAGACCUUUAUUAUCUGAACUGUUACCAGAUGCUUCAUCUUUCUAAGUUAAUACACCCACUUUGCUCUUCAUAAAA